AUGUUCUUAUUAUUACACAGAUUUACUAGAUUAAUGACUUCAGAUAAAGUCGAAAUCGAAGCCAUUGGCCAGUUUUUGAAUAACUUUAUCGCUCUCACCAAAAACUUUAAGAAGGCUCGCCAAUUUGAUGUAUGGGCUGAAGUUUUAUGCACAAUAUGUUCACAAUUAAAAGGCGACUACGUAGAAAGCAUCGAAAAGCCUGUUACCCAGAUUUUCAACAUUGCAAUGGAUAAAUUACGUGAUCAGCAUAGUGAUGAAUCAUAUUUAGUUCUUAUUGGAAUCUUAUUACAAAGAUUCUCUUCAUUAAAGAAGAAAUACUAUAAUGAAUAUCUCAAUAAGUCAAUCUUAGAAAAAGUAAACAAACCGCAAAGAACUUAUGGCUGUUUGAAAGCAUUUUUGUAUCUUAUCAGAGGUGCUUAUGUUUCUAAGUCAAGCGCAUUCUGGGAGUGGGGUAAAGUCAAUGCUCAAGUUCAUUAUGGUGUUGAGGCCACUCAAAUUGCCGAUCCUUCACAAGAUCAAAGUGAUCCAAAUUCUUAUACUUCACUUUUCUUCAAAUAUUUCAUUCCUAUACCAAAGAUCGAGCAAUACUUCGAGAUUAUUGGUGAAAUCCUCUUAAACUUUGCGGCUCGUGACUUCUCGUACUUCAUCAAAGAAACAGCCCCUUUAUUAAUAAAUUCAAUGCCAAAUGAUCGUUGUUUACUUCCACUUUCUGAAUGCCUUGUCCGUAUUGUUGACAAAGACCUUCAUUUCGAGGAUUGGUCGCAGUUGAACAUUAGAAACAACUCUGUUAAUGUUUCAUCCCUUAUUCCUAAUCUUUUCAACAUGAUCAAAGACUUUUUAUUCAAAAUCACAAAUUCCACUUUGAAAAAAUCUCCUCCUACUUCCCUUUUCAACUUCACAAUGAAGAAUCAUGUUGAUAAUCUUGAAUUCCAUCUUCCAUUGCAUUUUAAUGGUCAAUCGUCAUCAAUGUCAGAAAGAAUUAACAAAGCGAAUGAUUUCGUCAAUCAAAGAUAUGAUUUCAGACUGAACAAACAUAGUUCUAGCGUAUUUGAAGAAGGUUCUAUUGAUAAAAUCACUGAAGAUGAGUCAAUUCACAUCAAGCUUCUCUCUUUCUUCCCUAGAAUCUUGAAUAACUCAGAUUUAACAACAAUUGGAAGAACAAUCAUAAAUUUGUGCGCAACAAAGUCAAAAAGUGUUUCUUUAUAUGCUAUAAAAGUGAUUAAUUCAUUAUACGUCACAAAUCCUGAGUUUAGAUUAACCAUAUUCGAUAUCCUUCUUGAUUCAAUCGACCAAACAAAUGAUGAAAUGGAAAUGUCAAUUUUCAUCAUGAUUUUGGCAAAACUUAUGGAUCUUUCAAUGAGACCUUCAUGUGUCACACAUAACAGUUUAGUUAAUUUUGUCAACCAUGCGAUGGCAACAAUACUAAGCUGCUUGUGCAACAGAUGCUGUUGCUUAAGAGAUCUAGCAAUGAAUCUUAGUGACAGAGUCAAAAGAUUCGCGAGAUCUUUCAAAAUAAAUAUGCCAUUGCGUGAUAUUGUUUACGAUAAAAACAUAACACGCAACAGCAUGAAGAUACCAAAAGGUGAUGCAUCUUUAGAGCCAAGGUACUUCGCAUCCACUGAAUACUGGGAUAUUUUCAGUAUAUUGAUUCCGCCAAUGAUAUCAAAAUUUUCAAUGUUAGGAGAUGAAGAAUGUCUGAGUUAUUUGUUCAAAAUAACAGACAAGAAACUUGAUAUGUUGGGAGAAGAGCAGUUAUCUGAUAGUUUACUUGCAAAGAAUUAUUUAGCAAUUCUAACAAACUGCAUUUCUGCAACUGAAAAACAAUCUUAUAAAAAAAUUUCAAACUUCAUAGAUGUUGAAAAAUUUGAGUCAAAAUCAUCACUAACAAAGCAUCAUAAAGCAUUGUUCAAUCGUCUUGAGAACUAUAUGAGAAUGAUGGGUGAAAAGAAAGUCAAGAAGAAUGGUUUAGUUGAAUCGAUCUUCGACAAUCUCAAUUGGCAAACAAUUUCUUAUAUUUGGGGAUCAAUUGACAGAUUCAAGAUUUUCAAUGAUGCCGAUUUCAUGUUAUCAUUCUCUAAUAUCAUUAUUAAACUUCUUAGCAGUAAGGACAUCCAAUAUGCAAUGAUUUGCUGCGAAAACGCCAUGCUGUCUUUUGAUAAAAUCACGAAAGUCUUCAAGGAAUAUUUCAUUUCUCUUGGAGUAAAUUCGGAGAAAUUGAAUGAUGAGCCACUGAAUAUCGAAGGAAAAAUGAAUGACAAGAUAUUAGAUACAGCAAAGAACUUCUUAACCAUCAUCAAUCUUUGGGUUUCUUCUUUCAUUUACCCAUUGAAAUGUUAUGAUGGACCGAUUUUGAUGCCAAAAGUUCCUUCAUUCAUUUAUUCUGAUGGUUUUAAUUUGAUUUGCACGAACUUGGCCAUUUUCUGUCAUAAUUGGACAAACACAAAAAGCGAUGAAAUCAACAACUUAGCGAACUCAUCGAUUGCAUCAUUAUCUUGUAUUAAUCCUGUUUUCACUGUUUCUUUCCCGAUGUCACCAAAAAUUACUUCAAUUUUAUUUUUGAGUGCACAUUCUGGUAAAGAUACUCUCAAGAGAUGCUUGUUCUUCCACUACAAGACCUUGAUAAAAGAGUACACAAAAGCUGUUUACGAAAAGAGCCAAGAAGUUUCAAGAAUCUAUUUCUUGGCAAUUUGUUCAUUCUUCUGUGGAGAUGCACCUAAAAACGAAAGAAGAGCACAAAUGGUGCAAAGAAUGCAGUCCCCAUUGGAAAAACCUGAAUCAAGAAUGAAUGACAGAUUGACUUAUAACGAGAAGAGUCUUCAAAUAGAUAUAGUUCAGACUGCAGGAAAUGUCAUAGUUUGUGCAAUGUUAAAUAUUUUGCAUGUGAAGGAAGAAAUAAGAAUGGCAUCAUUCAAGCUGAUAAUGAGGAUAUUACCAUUAGUUAAUACACUUCUUAAUGAAGGUAAAGAUGUCAGCCAAGAUAUCUACAAGCACUUGGAUGCUUAUGCAGAUGCCAUUUACACAAAUUCAACGACAUUAGGUCCCAAGCACAUCAUUAAAAUUGCAAGUUUAAUAAGUGAAUGGGUUCCUUACAUUUCCGAAUCUGUUGUCGAAGAAUGCUUGAGAGCUGCUAAGAUCUCUUCAACAAUUUCACAAAAUGCUUUCUUCGAUAUCAUGUCUGUUUUCCUUAAGAACAUCUGUUGGUCUGAAGGAGGAUACAUCAAGAAGAAAACUCACAAAUUGCAGAUUUGCACUCCAAUUUCUUUGGCUAAAGCUCUUAUUGAAGUUUUCUCUUCUGUUAACCAUAGUUCUCUCCAUUCUUACUUGAAUGGAUGGAAGAAAUUGUCUUCUGAGUUGGAAUUGAUCAUUUCUUACUUGUUGGAUAUCAAAGAAGAAAGUUUAAUUCCUGCUGCAAAAACUGUAUUAGUUUACAUGGCAAAAUCAAACACUGAUGCAGUCAUCGGCAGAUUAAUUAAUGAAUUAACAUUUACUAAUUGGUUUUACAUGAAUAUGCAAGGAAAACUCGAGAGUAACUAUCCACCAAGCAUCACUCCAAACAUCACAAUUCAAAUUGUGUUGCAAAGUUUGAGUGAAAUUUGCCAAAACUCUGUUGAACACAUUUUCCCUCACAUCCAUAUCAUUUGCAACUUCUCUAUUUUGUUCUAUGACACAUAUCCACAAGUAUUGGAACUUCUUUACGUAAUUUUCUCAAUACUUCAAGAUACAAGUUCCAUUUUAGAGAUCAUUUUGGAUACAACAAAAAUAGAGUCUGUUGAAUUCUUCACUGACAUUUUAGUCAAAUACUUUUACACACAGAAAGCAAAAUCUGUUGUCCACAGAUGGGGGAACGAGUGCAUUAAAUGGGCUACAGGAUGUGGUUCAUUCGAAAUUGCUUCAAGAGCAGCUGCCGUCUACUCAAAGAUCCUGAUUCCAUUUGAUAACCAGAUCAUUUCAAUCAUGUUGAAAUCUCUUUACAGUGUUUCAACAGCUCAGCAGAACCAGAUGUCAAUUAAAUACAUCACAAACAUUUUCGUUGUGUUGAACAAAUUAGUUGACAAAAUGAUGGAUUCCCAAGCAUUUAGUGAACAUUUCACUCAUAUUAUGAAAGUUUCUGAGCAGUUCAUGAACGUUCCAGAUGAUAAUAUUUCGAUAGAAGCAACAAGAAUUGUAGCUAAAUAUGUUGCAAGUACAAAAUGCAAUUACGAUGAAAUGCUGCAAUUACUUCCACCAAUUUGUUCUUUACUCUGUAGAACGGAAAACAAAAGAUCAGUUGACGCUUUGUUGAUGUCAAUGAUCAUUACUCCAAAAACAUCUGCUAGACACCACAGACCUCAUUUAUCAAAUAUUGCUUUCUGCCUCUUCCUUCCACGAUUGAUUUCUGCAUUUGGUGCUUAUCAUAACAUGGAACCAUUUGUUGUUUUGAGUGAUGCUGAAGUCAAACACGUUUUGGAAUGUGGUCUUUGUUUCUCGAGAUUACCAUAUUUCGAAAUAGAUAUCACUUACGCACUCCACGAAUGUAUUCUUCAUCCUUCUGAGCACAUGUUUGAUGAGUUCGCAUUCAGGAUUUGCAAACCAAUGUUAGCAAAUGAAGCUUCGAAAUUUGUUGGUCCUUAUUUCACUGCGAUGACACAAAAAUCAAAUGAAGUUCUUAAAUGCGCCACAUUUGUUGUUGUGUCAUCAAUGUUGAGAGGCUGUACAUCUAAAAGCGAUGUUAGAGGAUUCUUGGAAAUGAUGCCAAUCGCCGCAAACCACGCGAUAAGUUCGACAAAUUCGAAAUAUUCGAGCGAAUUACUUGAUAUAUUCGUUGUUUUGUCGAAGACACAGCCAAUCAACCAAGUUCCAAUUGCAUCAUCAAAGAUAGUAAUACCUGAGAGCUCAUGGAGACCAACCACAUCAAUACCAUUUGUCCAUGAUGACCAAUUACCACCUUUGACAAGUGGAAAUGAUGCAUUUCAAUCUCCUAUUUCUAUUGUUCCCAUUGAUAAACUUUUCUGGAAUGAUGCUGAAAUACACAAGUUCAGACAAAAACUUGCUAAAAUUGUAGUUCAGCCGCAAACAGAAUUGCAUGAGAACCUCGAAAUGAGGAAAGCUGAAGUUCCAGACAAAGAGAAAAUCAUUCAAGUCCCUAAUAAUGUUGAUGAUUUCAUCAAGAAAGAAAAUAUUCAAGAAGAAGAACACUCUGAGCCUUCGGAAUCUAAAGAGCCAAGUGGUGAAAUAAGAGGAAGAAAACAUAAAAAAGAAAAAGUCCCUCUAGGAACUAGUGAAAGUGAAGAAGUUUACAAGCUUUAA